UUGCUUGGACUCGUGUGCCGUCAAUUACUCGGCUCAGCGCGCUGCAAGCGGUCAAUUUCAUCGUUACCAAACUCUUCGCCCCCUGCAGAGCAUGGUCGUGGACAAGGAGGAGCGAGAGUUUUGGGGGACACAUUACUACCGCUUGUCGGACAUUCGGCUGGUCUUUCACGAUCGCGUGAGCACCGCAGAUGUUGAGAACCCGAAGGGGUGGUCCCCCUCGCUGAAGGAACGGCUUCUUGCGAUUAGUCAGUCACGCAACAACAAGCAAUCGCCACAAGAAGGGGAUGAAAAGAUGGAUGCAGCGGGAACAGACUCCGUAGAGGACGCAGAGGACACGACAGCAAGAGGCAAGAAGUCGCGAAAGAAGAAAUCCAAAACCAAACGAGCCCCUUCCGUGACGCUUGACGAAGUUGCCGCUAAGAUGAGCCCAGAGAAGUUGUUUGAGUUCCUUUGCGUGGAUAUGGAGGUGGAAAGCGCCUCCUAUGACUUCCGGGUCGGCGACAAUGAUGGUUAUGCCUACCGCGUAAGGCUGCGUUGUAUUCCACAAAAUCACAUCCCUCUUGUGAAACCGGCCAUGCAAUCAUUGGAGGAAAAGGGCUUUAUUAAUUAUUUUGGCCCGCAGCGUUUCGCAUCGUACACGAAACAAAACAUGCAUCCGGGGCUUCACCUUCUUAAAGGAGAGUUUCGUGCUGCCGCAAACAUCAUCGUCCAACAGUUUUACAUGGACUCUGAUAUUGCGGCUGAGAAGCGACGUCGCGGCGCAGGGUUUUUUAAGAUGUAUCACUCCAAGGCGAUGGGAUUUCGAAUUCCAGACCACAUAAAAUUAGAUGCGAGGCGACGCUCCAUCGCAGAGCACGGCACGGCGCUGCAGUCGAUUCUUGACAGCGCCCUGCAGGCGGCGGCUUUACUUGGAGAGGAUGAGGAAAAGGAAUCCUCGAUUGACCCCUGUGAAGAAGCGUUCCUGCGUGUUGUUGGUCCGAACGCAUGUCUGAUGUUGGUGCAUGAGUUCCUUGCGUUUGUUUGGAAUGAUAUUGUCAAUCAACGCUUUCAGCGCUACGGGACAUUUGCGGUUCUUCCGGGUGAUCUUGUGCGUCGAAACCCAUUGGCUUCACCCCAUUCAAAAGAGUAUCAAAACGUUGUCUUUGCGUCAAAGAGUGGCAUCGACAAGGGUAAGUAUACCUUUUCGGACGUGGUGUUGCCUCUUCCUGGUGUGGGGAUACGGUUACCGGAGAAUCACACAACGGAUCUGUACAUCGUUACACUGCAACGCAUGGGCAUUUUGUUUAACCCAGAGAGCAAACAAUGGGACAUUUUUCGUCCCAGGCGUAGCUUUAAUGGUGAAAGCUCCGGUCAACGUGUGGCUGGGAUAUCAUCGCCGUACCAUCGUUUUUCGUCCUCCUUUGCGCUGAUGGAAGAAGAGUUGGGUAACAAUACAACCAUUGUCG